GUUUACCACACAAAGCCAAGCCAAACAAGCAGUCUAAUUUUAUUGACUCAUUGAUGGACAGUCACCUCAUGUGCACAUGUGGACAGCACAAGCUCUGCAUGUCCCAUUUUAAGUCUUUCUUCUGUCGAUAACAUUCGUUAAUACUGACAACGAUUCUUUGUCUGGCUAGCUCCUCUUUAAGGCUUGCACUGCAUCCGUCUAUCUAUGCCUUUAAACUGGGGUCGUCACAAACACCAAACCAGCCAUCGUGUCCAGGAUGUGUCAAGCUCAAUCCACGAUGAGCGCGUUCCACGUUUCUUUCAGUCUCCUACUUCUGCCGCUUAUCAGCAUCACGAUCCUAAUCCAUAUGCCAUUGUAUCUCCAGCAUCUCUCACUCCUGACUUCGAUCAAUCUCCGUCUUCAUGUUAUCGCCGUGAACUUGAAAGCCCUCCCGAAUUUUCAAAACCUUUGUCAAAGAGUAUCUUAAAUGACCCUGCAUUCUCAUCCGAUCCUCGUGUUCAUCCACAUUUUCCACUCAUUAGCCCUACAUUCUACAAGGAACUCCCGUCUAAAUCUCCUCUUGUCAACAAUCCCUCUCAGACCUCUCAGACCGCUCCCAGUGACAUCUCACCUCAUCAGGAAGUUCUCUAUUCUAUAAAGGACCUAGACUGUGUUUCACACCCACCCAGCUCGGGAGAAGCUAACAUGUCCUCGACUUCUGUAUCUUUAGAUUCUGACUCCCACACCACUCUCUCUGCCCCUGCUGUACCAUCUGCUACAUCUCAUUCCCACUCGCUGAAUGAUCCCACGAUACCUCAUGUUGUUUCGCCUGUGCAACUUUUGUUUCCAUUCUCAACAUCUCCGACUUCGUCUUCGCCAAGUCAAGACCCAGGGUCUUCGCCAGCCAUGCGUCCCCCUACUUUAAAUCGUCGUACCCCAGCACGUAUUGUUACAGCUCCAGAGCAGCGAAAAAAAAUGGCGAAACCCACACCAACGCGCUCUGACUCGGCUCCAGUUCAUGCAGACGGUAGUAACAGGCCUACGGGAAAGCGUCGUAUGAAGAAUUUUAUCCGACGCUUCACAAUCUCCCGUGUCCUCGAUCGAAUCGACGAAAUGGAUGAGACGGAUCAUUUUGGAGCAGAAUUACGACGUGACAAUUCUUACGAUGCUAUUGGUAGCAAUCUUGCGCAACUUGGGCCCGCUCACAUGUAUAAUGAUAUUGACGUUCUGCGAGGCGAUUUCUAUACUAAAUCUAAGCGUGAGAACGCCCCUCGUCAGGUGCGGACCCAGAAACUCCCCAGAUUGCCCCCGAUUGGUCCAGGCCUCAGUCGACCGUCUCCAAAUUUCGUUCCUGGGCAAAUUAUUCCGUCUGGUGUUAUAUCACCGCCUCUGCAUGCCACUCAGGCUGACGCUGUAAUUUCGAACCCAGAUCUUCGUAAUCCAACCUCGGGCCAGUUAGAACCCAAUGACCCCAGAAAUCACUCUCCUCUUUACCACCUUCCGCCCGAGAUGCUACCUUCUCGUUCAUCGUCACAUGCCCCCACCAGCAAGUCUGCUUCUCAGAUCCAUCGCUUUGGUAAAGAUAUACCUCACAUACCACAACGGCCAGCUCAUGAUGAGCUCGUGCCUUAUCACCUCCAUCAAAUACAUUCUGCGCCCGGUCUACCGCCGGCUCAUAAUGAACGAUAUCUCGAAACUCGGUCACAAGCUCGCGGUGAUGCAAAUCAGGCAACGUCUCUUUCAUCACCGCCCGUCGUUGAAUCACCUGACAUGGCGAAUCCCCAUCCUCGCCAUCGUAGAACUCACUCGUUGGACAGUUUGCUCACGCGCCCCACCACAUCUACGCAAUCUAUAUCUCGCACUCAAAAUAGCUUACAGCCACCGCGCAAUCAUCACCUUCCAAAACGCCUCGUCAUGCCUGCUCUUCUUCAGCCCCCGCAACCACUACCCCAACAACAACCCCUGGAUAUACAUCCCAGAACUGACCCCUACGAUCUCCAUCUCGAGUCUGACCCCUUCCCACCAACCAAAGGCCAUACUCCCGAACCGGCAGCAAUGUAUCACCAAGGCCGAAAACUACUCCGGAAGAAGGCGGCCGUCUACCCUGGAAAUAUACCUUUGCCAACGCAUGUGCCUGGAGCCCAUGCUCACUCAAAUCCUCCAUUGACAAAACAUCUGUCCUUGUCAGCAACUGAUACUGGGAAUGUCAAGGAGGUAGCUAAUCGACGAAGGCUGAGUAAACGGAAACAUGAUAUUUGAUUCAUGUUAUAACCCUUCUUCUGGACUUUGACAGAUUCUGAUACGGAGAUGGGUUGGUGUUCUUGUUUGAGCUGUCUUCUAUCUCGUUGAUUUGAUUCACCUCAUAGAGGACAAUCAGUGCACUUAUCGAGGUGUCUUGACUAUGGACCUUGGUACACCAAUCGCAUUAAGUGAUAACGCACGCAAUAUUUUUUGAUUCUUCUGUAUGUGUUUUAGCACGACUGUGGAAUUGAUGCAUUUUUCUUUUAGUACACGGUAUUUUUGCGCUAGUUUUUGAUAGAUUGGCGUGUUGCCACGUUAUUGAGACUGGGGGUGCUGAAAGCUGUUAAACUUUGUUUCCUGGACGCUCAGGAUAUCGUUCCGAGGCUACCAGAUGAAUUUUAAUAAGUGUAUGGCCCCUGA